UGUUCCUGGUGUUGUGGUAAAGUAUGAGGAGCUACAUCAGCAGCAACAAUAUUUGAGAAACAACAGCAGCACUCUCAACAACAAUAUUUGAGAAGCAACUGCAACACUGUCAGCAACAAUAUCUGAGAACCAACAGCAGCACUAUCAGCAACAAUAUCUGAGAAGCAACAGCAACACUGUCAACAACAAUAUGUGAUAAGCAACAGCAAUACCAUCAGUAACAUUAACAUUUUCUUGCUUGUACUAAGUCAUGGCUGUAAUAACUAAGGAGGAGAACAAUGGCUUCAGAAUAAUGAAAGCUUUGAGUGAGUGUGGUAGAGGAGUGUUGCAUCACACAUUCCGCUUGGGAACACCAGAUAAACCUCCAAAUACAACACUUGAUCAUUACUUAAACAACUUAAAACCUACAUCAUCUGCCAACUACUUAAAACUCAAAAGUAAAGAUCGAAAGUUUAACAAAACACAAAAGAAACUGAUUAAUAGAAGUGCAAAUGGAAGAGAGUUUGAUGUUGCACUACUGUGCAGGAGCAUCAAACUUGCUUGUGAGAAUGUUGCUCCUCUCAGUGAUCCAAGAUGGAUCAUUGCCAGCACACAAAUGGAGUACUACAUCACUGCCAUAAACAACAUGAGGAACGAUGCUGUUCACGGUCCACUUGCAGUUACUGAUGAAGAUUAUUAUGAAAAUAUGAGAAAGCUUCGUGAGUUGUUAACUGGUUGUCUUAAGACAUCUGGAGAGAGGUAUGGGAGAGACCAGGAUGAAGUUAACAAGGAGAUCCAGCAGAUGAAUGAUGACCUGGACUACAUAAUGAAUGAGAUUCUCGGAGAGGAAGAUAUAAUGAAGUAUUGUAGUGAUGAUAUAAAACAGAUUAUCAAUAAAGACAGUUGUGAUGAACUGAAGAAUAUCUUACAAAAAAUAACUUGUGUUAACCCCAUAUCUUUUAUCACUGACAACUUUCAAUUUAAAGUAGACAAAAUUUUUGUUGAUAUUGAAGUUAAACAAGGAAGACAUAGAGAUAAUAAUGAACAUAUAGAAUAUGGAGACCUUCUCUCAUUUGUCCAGACAACAUCUGUGGCAUCAUGUGUGAGCUCUGGCACACAACAACAAGGUUCCUCUGGAAGACCACAAGUACUGCUGCUGGAAGGUGUGGCAGGCAGUGGCAAGACCACUCUAGUGAAGCUAGUAACUGAGGAAUGGAUACAAGGUGGCCAAGGUAACAUCAAGGACUUAGAUAAUUAUGAUCUCUUACUGUGGGUACAGUGUAGAGACGCGACCAUCAACUCCUACCACGAUCUUCUACAUCGACUGUUACCAGAUGCUUCAAUAAAAUUCAGAAACAUUCUGUCAAAAAUAGUAAAGCUUUGUAAGGUAAUAAUAAUAAUUGACGGUCUGGAUGAGCUCAAUAACAACUCCAGAAUAUUAGUCAAAACUCUUUUACUGGAAUUCCAAAACUCUAUUAACACAACUUUUAUCUGCACCACAAGACCUGAAGCAGUUGAAAUGUUCAGCUUGACGAUCCCUGAAGGUUAUGAUGUGACUAAUGCUGAACUACUAGGCAUAAAGAAUAAACAUAUGAAAGAAUUUGUACAUCGGAUUCACCAGGAGAUAACUAAGCUGACCAACAGUAACAGAAACACUGAUGAACUAGUGUAUAAGGUGUUGCAUAUUACAGGUCUUCGCGAACACUUACGUCUACCGAUGAAUUUAACAUUGUUUGUUUACAUCUGGGACCAGGAUCCUGAUGAGUUAAACAUAAAAAACAUAACACAAACACAACUCUACCAUAAAUUACAACAUAUGUGUCAAAGUAAGUUAUUAGAGAGAUUAACAAACUGUUCAAACAACAAGACGAUGAAUAAAAGAAUUGUAGAGAAGAGUGUUGAAGAAAUAUUGAAGAUAAUAUACGCGAGAUCACUAGAGAGUCUGUCACGUGACCAGUUGAGUCUUGAAGAAGAGACUGUAAGAGAACUAAUAUCUGCUUGUAACGAUCAUGAUAUACGUUACGAUGAGAUGCUGUCUGCUUUCUUGAGUUUGAAGCCAAUAUGGACUUGGCAAGGCAUCGAGGAGCGCUACUCUGCACCACACAAGGGAAUCCAAGACUACUUCAGUGCUCUGCAUAUUGUGAUGACACUCAAGCACCAGCUGCAGUCUUCACCACUCCCUGUCUUGUACACCCAACACCCAGCACCAUCUGUGUCUUCCCAGCCAUAUGUGAUAACUAUAUCACCAUCAACACCAACUGUCUCUUCUCAAUCACCUGUGAUAACUAUAUCACCAUCAACACCACCUUUGUCUUCCAAACCAUCUGUGAUAAAUGUAUCACCAUCACCGACACCACCUGCGUCCUAUCCAUCUGUGAUAACUGUAUCAUCACCAACACCACCUGUCUCUUCCCAACCAUCUGUGAUAACAGUAUCACCAUCACCACCUGUGUCUUCCCAACCAUCUCUGAUGACUGUAUCACCAUCAUCAACACCACCUGUGUCUUCUAGACCACCUGUGACAACUGUAUUACCUACACAAACACCACCAAUUUCUUCCUGUCCUUCUGUGAUAAAUAUAUCAACAUCACCAACUCCACCUGUCUCUUCCCGACCAUCUGUGAGUACUAUGUCACCAUCAACACCAUCUGUGACAACUAUGACGCCAUCACGUACUCAUCCUUCACCCUCACCUGUCUCACUUCUAUCAACCUCACCUUCACCAGCACCACCUACACCUGCUUCACCUACACCUUACGCACCUGUCAGUAUCAGGGGAGUGUUAGAAGAAAGCAUCAGGUCAGGUGUGGUAGACAUGAACAAGUACCAGAAUGUUCUAAUACAUGUGGCUGGGCUGCUGUACCUGGUACUAGACCAGGUACCUGAGACACUUGCACAGGAAGUGGCUCAUCUCCUGCAAGAGUCUGGUGUGAGAGACAACAACCAGUGGCUCGACCUCCUUGACAACACUAACAUGUCUCCAGUAAUUAUCAAACAAAUUUCUCUCUUCUUCAAUACUGAAGACACAAUUUACAUAAAUGAUGAGCAUGUGAGAAGCUGCGCUGCUCUCCUACCUCACCUCAGCUCCUGCAAGGUGGAUAUUAAUAUCAUUUUAGCCCCCGGAGACCUGCCUGACUUACCUGACCUGCUGGCUGCCCUCACCCACCACCAGUGUACAAUCCUGGAACUGAACCACCACUACAAUCAUGCUGACACAACCACCACCUCUGACGACCUACUGCAAUGUCUACAACCUCGGAGUCACCUGAUAAAGUUCAUUGGUUGUCUUACUGGUGGAGGUGUGAGUCUCCUUCAAGACUGCCCCAAGCUGUGGCGGCUCGACCUGGCUGUGGUGAAUGACCACCAUGCUGGCUGUCUCCUGCCACAACUACAAGAUACUGUCACCUCCACACUACAUCAACUUCGCUACCUCAGUGUGAGAGUGUCAGCAGCAGCAGUGUCAGCAGCAGCCGUGAGGUCACUACCCAGCGUACGGUGGGUGGUGCUGCAGCUGAUUGAUGUGAGUGAUAACAUAGUGAGUCAUGCCUGUGACCUGGCCCAGCAGCUACAGCCACAAGGAGGUUAGUCCAUCACUGUUAUUCUUGUG